AUGUCUGAUUCAGACUCUAUACAUUCUACUGAUGUCCCACCACCCGUCCCACCAAAGGACGAUAUUCGUCCUGCGCUCCCACCAAAGGAUCUUCCAAAAGCUUUCUCAUUCACUGGCCCUUCUAAUUCUAGUGAUUUAAAUGAUGCAACUACUAAAAAUCGCACCAAAAGAUUAUCUUUAUUUCCUGCUUUAGGCUCACUAUUUACACCUAGUACUACUAAAGCAAAUACAAAUGAUGUUCCUAGAAUAUCUUCUCACUCUGAAAGUAUAAAUACUGCAAAUGUUGUGCCAAUAACAAUAUCUUCAACAUCAUCUUCGGCCACAUCGUUAAUUGCACCUCAGACGACAGAUGACGGAAAUGAUACUCAAUCUCCAAAAGUUAAGAGAUCUAAGAGCAUAACCAAUUUGUUUCGGAAAAUUA